UUUUUCUUUACCAGCGCUUGCCAUGUGAUGUUAAUUAGGACUGUAAAACAGUCUAAUCUCCGGAAAAUUAAAUAUUAACUUAGAUUUGUGUGUAACUAAGUACAAAAAUUUCAACUUUUCGCAGAAUAUAUCACGUUGUUGAUCUCUACUAUUGCGACCCUUUCUGUGCUUAAGCGAUUGAAGUUUGUUUAGCGGACAAUCUGACAUGCUAGAUAAAAUUUUGUUUUUCCGAUCAAAGAAACAGAAUUAGAUAAUACAUGAAUUUAAAAGGAUGAAAAUGGCAAAUCCCAAUCAGUAAAAUCGGAGGAAUCAGAGACGAAAAAAGUAUUCAAAAAUUUGGAAAAUGCUGGUCACUACCUACCAAGUUUUUUUUGGCGUCUAUGACCCAUGGGGUCGACAUGUGAAACGUGACUCCAACAACCGAGAGUCGUCGACUAACAGUUACUCUCUAUCAGCCACUCGAUGUCAGGCAAACAUGGAAUCAACCACCAAAAACAUCACUAACAACAGUGCCAUUGCGAGCAUUAUAGCCACAAGAUAUUCAUCCUCCUACAUCAUCAUCAUCGUUACUAACUUAACACACAAAAAAUGAGUUCAGGAGAAAGUGAAAUAGCCCAUGAAUUCCACCCAUAUUUUCGAGCAUAUAAGGAUGGUCGUGUGGAAAGGUUCUUUGGCACCGAUAUAAUUCCUGCAUCAAUCGAUUCUCAAGAUGGUGUAUCCUCCAAAGAUGUCACGAUUGCUCCAGAAACAGGCGUGUCAGCGCGUAUUUUUAUCCCGAGUUCUGUUAAAUCAAACCAAAAGCUCCCCCUGAUAGUCUAUUUCCAUGGUGGAGGCUUCUUCAUGGGUUCACCGUUCUGUUCCGAAUAUCACAAUUAUGUUACUUCUCUUGCUUCCAAGGCCAAUGCUGUAGUCGUUUCUAUUGAUUAUAGAUUAGCCCCAGAGCAUCUUGUACCUAUAGCUUAUGAAGAUUCAUGGGCUGCACUCAAAUGGGUGGCUUCUCAUUCCCAUGGUGAAGGUCCUGAGGCUUGGCUGAAGGAUUACGCUGAUUUUCAACGAGUUUAUUUAGUUGGGGAUAGUGCUGGAGGCAAUAUCGUGCAUAACAUGGCGGUUGAAGCAGCAACUGAGGAUUUGUCUGGAGUGAAGUUGUUAGGAAUUUGCUUGAUUCAACCAUUUUUUGGGAGGACAGAUGGUCAUGUGGACAAGUAUUGGCUGUUUGUCUGUCCAACAAGCAGGUUCGAUGAUCCUAGGAUACACCCUGCUGUCGAUUCAAGGUUGUCCAAGCUAGGGUGUAGCAGGGUGCUAAUUUUUCUUGCAGAGAAAGAUAAUUUGAGAGAGAGGGGACUGCUCUAUUAUGAAACAUUGAAGAGCAGCGGGUGGAGUGGAGAGUUGGUGAUUGCGGAGACUGAAGCAGAGGAUCAUGCUUUUCAAUUGUUCAAUCCAAAUUCGGAGAAGGCUUUAGCCCUUAUGAAUAGGCUUGUUUCUUUCAUUAAUGAUGAUAAGGUAAGUAAUAUUUUCAUUCUAUAGAUUUUGAAAUGUUCAUGUACCAU